UUUAAAAUUGAUGUACAAAGAUUAAAUUUACGUAUUUAAAAGUACAUCAAACCUUGAUGAAAAUGCCAAAAAAACAAACAAACAAAAAUUAUAAGGGGUACAAUAUAUAUAUACUAGAAGCAAGCAACUACUCCCUAGAAUUUCUAUUUAGAGACCUAAACAUGAAGAGUUUGUUGUGAAAUAGGAUUUGCCCUCAGCCAACACCCACUCCUAAUACGAAUUGAAUCUCCCAUUAAACCACAGAUUCAGAUCCAAAAAUAAAACGAACCCCCAAAUCUCAUGAUACUCACUGAUAAUUGAUUAUUAACAAUGGCUUCUAGUAUGGAUAUGGAGAGAGGAAGUCAUGACCGUCAUGGCGGCACAACUUCCCACGCCGCCGCCGACGAGACGGAUCUCAACAAGUGGCUUCCGAUCACCUCUUCCCGCAGCGCCAAGUGGUGGUACUCCGCCUUCCACAAUGUCACCGCCGUCGUCGGCGCCGGCGUCCUCGGCCUUCCCUACGCCAUGUCCGAAUUAGGAUGGGGCCCGGGAGUGACAGCACUCGUGUUAUCGUGGGUGAUCACGUUGUACACGUUGUGGCAGAUGGUGGAGAUGCACGAGCCGGAGGGGGAGGGGACCGGGAGGCGGUUGGACCGGUACCACGAGUUGGGGCAAUACGCGUUCGGGGAGAAGAUGGGGCUCUACGUGGUGGUCCCGCAGCAGCUGAUGGUCCAGGUCGGAGUCAACAUCGUGUACAUGGUCACCGGUGGCACGUCUCUGAAGAAGUUCGUGGAAACGGUUUGCCCAACGUGCAAACCGCUCCGGCGGACUUACUUCAUCAUGAUCUUCGGGUCGGUUCACUUCGUCCUCUCCCACCUCCCCAGCUUCAACUCCAUCGCCUUUAUCUCCCUCGCCGCCGCCGUCAUGUCCUUGGCCUACUCGAGCAUAGCGUGGGUGGCAUCAGCCCACAAGGGCGUGCAUGCAGGCGUGAGCUACGCGCCGAGGUCGUCGACCACCGCGGGAAGAGUGUUCCAGUUCUUCAGCGGGCUGGGAGACGUGGCGUUCGCCUACGCGGGCCACAACGUGGUUCUGGAGAUUCAAGCCUCCAUCCCCUCCACCCCGAAGACGCCAUCAAAGAAGCCCAUGAUGAAGGGCGUCUGGGUCGCCUACGCCGUCGUGCUCCUCUGCUACUUUCCGGUGGCCAUAGUGGGCUACUGGGUGUACGGAAACUCCGUCGAGGAUAACAUCCUCGUUUCCCUCCAGAAACCCGCCUGGCUCAUCGCCGCCGCCAACAUGUUUGUUGUCAUUCAUGUCAUCGGGAGCUACCAGGUGUUUGCAAUGCCACUGUUUGAUACGGUGGAAGGUUGGCUAGUGAGGUCCAUGCACUUUAAACCCACCACAUUACUUCGAUUCCUCACACGUACUACUUACGUUGCAUUGACUAUGUUCGUGGCAUGCACAUUCCCAUUCUUUGGUGGGUUACUUGGAUUCUUUGGAGGCUUUGCUUUUGCACCUACCUCUUAUUUUCUUCCAUGCAUCAUAUGGCUAAAGAUCAAGAAGCCCAAGAUAUUAAGCUGGACUUGGAUCAUAAACAUGGGAUGCAUUGUACUUGGAGUUGGUUUGAUGAGUGUAGCUCCAAUAGGUGCACUGAGGCAAAUAGUAUUACAAGCCAAAGAUUACAAGUUCUACUCGUGAUUAUGCAUGCAUGCAUGCAUUAUUUAGUUCAAUUAUUGGUAAUAAUUACGGCAUACUUAGGCAGAUAACCUCAAAGUUUGUUUUUGUGCGAGGCUUUGGCUAAAUAAUUAAGGCCAGGAUUU